AUGGCCUACAAUCGCGCCUUCAACCCGGACUCACUUCCAGCAUUCGCAGAGCCUGAGAGGAAAGGGAGCAGUUCAACCACCCCACACACCCAAGCGCAACAACCCCAUCCCACCUCAUACGCAGCCCUCCAGAAGCAGCAGCAACAACAACAACAACAACACGCACAUUACUCGAAGCCAGCCCCUCCUAUUCCCGCAGGACAUCAACGACGACAGUCUUCAGGCAUGCAACCCGCAAACCACGGCUCGUAUGGGCCCCCUCCUCCUAAGCAAAGCUACGGCUAUAAUUCUCCUCCACCAAGCACAAACUACGGAGGACGACCACCUCCAGUCCAAAACAAGCCUCCCCCGAUGUCGCGACCUCCACCUACCCCCGCGCCUGCCAACGGCGCCGAUCCAGCUCUGUGGCCUCUCUUUAAAGCCGUUGACAAAGAUGGUACUGGCCACCUAACCGAGAGAGAGCUGCGCUCGGCGCUCGUUAAUGGCGACUGGACCUCCUUCGACCCUUACACGGUCAAGAUGAUGAUUCGGAUGUUCGACACUAACCGCUCAGGCUCGAUCGGCUUCGAGGAGUUCUGCGGCCUCUGGGGCUUCCUAGCUGCGUGGCGGUCCCUCUUCGAUCGCUUCGACGCCGAUAGAAGCGGAAACAUCAGUUUGAGGGAGUACACGGAUGCGCUCGUUGCGUUUGGAUACAGACUCAGUCCGCAGUUCGUCGAAGUCUUGUUCCGGACUUUUGAUAAAAAUCGUCAGGGAGCCAUCAGUUUCGAUCUCUUCGUGCAGAGCUGUAUCAGCUUGAAGAGGAUGACAGACGUGUUCAAGAAGUAUGACGAUGAUAGGGAUGGUUACAUUACUCUGUCUUUCGAGGACUUCUUGACCGAAAUCAUCAAGCAAAGAUAG